AUGGCAUUUACCCAAAAGCAAAGAUUAAAGGACGCAGGUCUGAAGGCUAUUCAAGAAGCACCCGAAGAGGAAGACUGGACCAAAUAUUGGGAACAGUUGGAUGACUUGCCUGACUUGCAUGAACCAGGCAUUUUGGUCAACAGCCAGUAUCUCGAUCAAAGGCAUGGCCUACGGACGUUCUCUGGUAUCUCGCACCCAAUGCUAGGCGUCAUAGGUGCCAUGAUUGCUUUCCUAUAUUUGCAUUCAACUAUGUCUCCGGAAAAGACAUCAGCAUUACAAUUCGGGAAUGUUUGA